CAUACACUUCCUCUUCUCUUCAUCCUUCCUCUUCCCCCAAACCCUUCUUUUUGAUAAUUAUCUUAGCCACACGCGGCCAAGAUACAACUUCAACAUAGAAAAAACGAGAUUCAAGUCUUCUUGUUUCUCACUUCUUCAAAGACUUCAUUCUGCUCGGUCAGAAACUCUCCACUCCAAAAUCCCGACAAUCUUUGCGAAUUGCGACCAAUACUAGGUUUCUCUCGACCCAAAGAACACAUUUUUCCCAUUUUUCAAAGAAUUUUCUUCUCACGACUCAAAUUUCCCUUAUUUAGAAAACGAAUUACAUCGAUACCUUAAUAUUACACACUUUCGAAAGUUUCUCCAGGCAUUAUAAUGCCACAUCAGGAAUCUCCCACUCACGAGAUGCCUACCAUGAUUUCGAAGGCAGCAAAUGGUGUUGCCCCCACACAAGAGGAAGUUUCCGGUAUCCUCGAUAGCAUUUUCGAAGCAAAGACAUCCGCCGCAUCAGUCGAUGCAUCGUACGCUCUCUGCGACCUUCUUCUCAACUCCGUCGGUUUCCGCGGACUUCAAGAUUAUGGCAUCUUGGCACAAAUCAAGAAGGCUGCGGCUGAUAAAAAGAGUGGAUUGAGAAGAGAAAGCGCUCAAAAUCUUUUGGGUGCUCUCUUUGAACGCUUCCCUCCUAAGCAAAAGAUCUCUGAGGUUGUCUUCCUUUUGCAAGAUACUACCUUGGUACCAUGUGCAUUCGACGCUCUCGCCGACAAGGGCGCUGUCGUUCGCGAUGCUGCUCAGUAUGCUCUCGACGCAUUAUUCUCCAACUUGAACGCUGAAGCUCUCGUCUAUGGUCUCCUCCCAAUCCUCAUUGCUUAUCUCGCCAAACGAACCGGAAAGUGGCAAGGAACUGUCGCUGCAUUCAAGUUAAUACAAAAGAUGGCAGACAAGGCACAAAUGUCUAUUGGUGGCAGCAAGGAGGAAGCUGAUGAGAAGGACUUGUUGAGAGAAAUCUUGGGUGCAAAAUUGGCACAAUUGAUUCCUCUCGUCGAGGCUGGAAUGCACGACUUGAAGUCCGAGGUUGAGAAGCAAUCUGUCACUACUAUGACUUCUUUGACCACCCUUCUUUCCAACGACGAUGUUGCUCCCAGAAUCCCACUUUUGAUCGAAACCAUGCAAAAGCCAGGAAAGGAGACCCUCCAAAAGGCUAUCCACGCUUUGUCUCAAACCACUUUCGUUGCCAUUGUAACAUCUCCCGUUCUUGCUCUCCUCACACCCCUUCUCGAGAGAUCUCUUAACGACCGCGCUACCGCACAAGAAGUUUUGAGACAAACCGUCGUCGUUGUUGAGAACUUGACAAAGUUGGUUCACGACCCCGUUGAAGCUCGUACUUUCUUGCCAAAGUUGCAACCUGGUAUCAAGGGUGUUUUGGAACGUGCAUCCUUGCCAGAAGUCAGAGAGAUGGCUGAUCGUGCCAUGAAAGUCAUGGACAAGGCUAUGAGCGAUGAUGCCGGAAACGUUGCUAACGGUGUCGCACACGUCACUAAAAUCACUGCUGCUGAUGUUUCCAAGGUUCUCGAAGCUGAGAUCAAGAAGGCAGGAGGACUUGCCGAUAACUCGGAUAUCGCCAAACUCACAAAAUCAUACAUCUCUGAUAUGCUCGUUGAGGAUGUCAACCAUCGUCAAAUUGCACGUGUUGCUGCCAACGUCACACCCUACCUUGAGCACAUCAUGAAGCAGGAAGGAUCAGCCGCUACUGUUGGUGAUGCUGUUCAACAAUUCUACCUUGAGGAAGACCACCGAAAGUUUGGACAACCAAUCAAGGAGGAUGAUGGUGAAAUUGAAAUUGUCAACACAAACUUCUCCUUGGCAUACGGAGGUAUGCUUCUACUCAACCACACCAACCUACGCCUUCUUAAGGGUCACAGAUAUGGUCUCUGUGGUCGCAACGGUGCCGGAAAGUCGACUCUUAUGAGAGCCAUCUCAAACGGCAAACUCGAGGGUUUCCCAAGUCAAGAUGAACUCCGAACAUGCUUCGUUGAACACAACCAAGGUGAAGAUGCUGAUAUUAGCAUUUUGGACUUCGUCGCAAAGGAUCCAGAAAUUGCCAAGGAAGGUCGUGAACGUAUCUCCGAGGUUUUGUGCGAAGUCGGCUUCACUGCUGGUCCAGAAGGUCGUCAAUCUGAGAAGGUUGGAUCCCUUUCUGGAGGUUGGAAGAUGAAGCUUGCUUUAGCCAGAGCUAUGUUGAUGAAGGCUGAUGUUCUUCUCCUUGAUGAACCUACCAAUCACUUGGAUGUUGCCAACGUAAAAUGGUUACAAGAAUACUUGAAGGCCCACACCGAAAUCACCAGUUUGAUUGUUUCUCACGACUCCGGAUUCUUGGAUGAAGUCUGUACCGAUAUCUAUCAUUACGAGCCAGGAAAGAAGCUUGCCGUCUACAAGGGUAACCUUGCUGCUUUCGUCAAGCAAAAGCCAGAAGCCAAGAGUUACUACACUCUCUCCGACUCUCUUGUCAAAUUCAAGUUUCCUCCUCCAGGUAUUCUUACUGGUGUUAAAUCUCAAACCAAAGCCAUUCUCAGAAUGUCCAACUGCUCAUACACCUAUCCGGGAGCUACCAAGCCAUCUCUUCACGAGGUUUCCUGUCAAUUGACUUUGUCUUCCAGAACCGCCAUUAUCGGUGGUAAUGGUGCCGGAAAGUCUACUUUGAUCAAGCUUCUUACUGGUGAAACCAUCCCAACUUCUGGUAAUGUUUACAAACAUCCCAACUUGCGUAUUGGAUACAUCAAGCAACACGCUUUGGAGCACGUUGAGAUGCAUUUGGAAAAGACCCCCAACCAAUAUCUCCAAUGGCGUUAUGCUAACGGAGAUGAUCGUGAGGUACACAUGAAGCAAACACGUAUCUUGUCUGAUGAAGAUAAAGCUCAAAUGGAAAAGAUGAUUGAUCUCGGUGAUGGAACCGGUGCAAAGCGUAUCGAAGCUAUCAUGGGACGUCAAAAGUACAAGAAGACUUUCCAAUACGAGAUUAAGUGGGUUGGAAUGUGCCAAAGUAACAACUCUCAAAUCUCUAGAGAAACUUUGGUUUCCCUUGGUUUCAACAAGUUGAUCCAGGAAUUCGACGACCAUGAGGCAUCUCGUGAAGGUCUUGGUUUCCGUGAGCUUACUCCAACUGCUAUCUCUCAACAUUUCGAGGAUCUUGGACUUGACCCUGAAAUCGCCAACCACAACGAGAUCUCCGGUCUUUCCGGAGGACAAAAGGUCAAGGUUGUUAUCGCAGGAGCUAUGUGGAACAACCCCCAUCUUUUGGUUCUUGACGAACCUACCAAUUUCUUGGAUCGUGAUUCUUUGGGAGGUCUCGCUGUUGCUAUUCGUGACUACAAGGGUGGUGUCGUUAUGAUUUCUCACAACGAAGAAUUCGUUGGUGCUCUUUGCCCUGAGCAAUGGCAUGUUGUUGCUGGUCGUGUUACUCACAAGGGUACCAUGGCUAUCUCAGCUGAUCGUUUCGAAGAUAGCAGACCAUCAAGUGGUUUCAACAGCAGUGUUGCAAGUGCUGCAACAAGUGCUAGUGCCAGUGCUGUUAACAGUGGUGCAGAGGAUAAUGGGGAUCUUGGCUUCAAGGCCAAGAAGAAGAAGAAGAAGACCAAGAAGGAACUUAAGGAGUCUGAAGUUAGAAAGAGACUUAGACACAUUGAAUGGCUCAACUCUCCAAAGGGUACUCCUCAUCCAGCUGACACUGAUGACGAAUCAUAAUGGAAUUGGAAUCAGUCAGAUACCAAAAUUUGCUUCUUGCAUAUAUGUUCAUAUUCAUUAGAACGCGGUCGCCAUUAGAGGGUCAUUUAUUUCUGGAUGGAUCGACACGUAUGAUAUAAAAGCGAUGUUCUUCGCAAUUUCAUUUUAUGAUUUCAUGAUCAAUAGGGUCAUAUGAAAAGAAUUGCGUUAUGCGUACUUUAUAGACGGGGUGGAUGGGAUCUAAUCUUUCCUGAUAAAUGUCUUUUUGAAAUGAAUGUUUGAGUUAUGAUAGGACGGGUUUGUCCAGUAACUAGGAGGAUAGAUCAAUAGAUAGGUAGAUAGAUAAAAGGAUGGGUGGACGCCAAUGCCGAUGUGCGGAGGCUGGAAAUUGAAUAGUCAAUUUACAACA